AGUACCAGCAGGUCACAAGCCUCAUGAGGCUCGAGCAGGGCUUGCAAGGAAGUUGCUGACUCUAUGUCCAUGUGUACCUUUUUGUUCCUUGCCUUGGAUUUGCUGGUCAGUGGCAUGCUGCUUUGCCUGGCUCUCCAUGGAGCUUGUAGCCUACAGGAAUUUGGACAGAGUGGUACAGACAUCGCCGACAGAGACUCUGAUCACUGACUAUCCCUUUAAAUAUAGUCUCAUGACUUGGUCUUUGCUCCACUACCUAUUAAAGAAGGAGACAAGACGUUCAUAGGCAGCUUCCAUUCAAGCACCCAGAAGGACACAGAAAGGCAAGACAAUUUAACAGAGCUAACUUAGCUACUGAGUAGACCUGGACAAGUAUUUUAACAGUGAUCAUUAGUAUUGUAUUAGCUGGUGGACACUGUUCCCAGCUCAUCUUCAUGUUGCCCAUUUUAUUCUCUGCAUUUAUCCUGUCUGCUUGCCGCAUAACCAAAGGGAACUGCAUCUCCUAUGAUGAGCUGAGAGAGCAGAAGACUGAAUUUGCCAUCAGUCUCUACAGGCAGGUGUCUGAAGCAGAGAACAGGACCAAUCUGGUAGUCUCUCCAACAAGUGUGGCUGUUUCUUUGGAGCUGCUGCAGUUUGGAGCUCAAGGAAAUACCCUUAUGGAGCUGCAAGAUGCCCUAGGAUACAGCAUUCAUGAUCGAAGCGUGCAGGAUUUCAUGCACAUGGGGGAUGAAGCAGUGACUGACUCCAGCCAAGGCACGGUGGUCCAGCUGGGAUGUUCCCUCUUUGUGGACGCGGGCGUGCAGCUCUCGCCCGACUUCGCCGAGCGUGCCGCGAGCUGGGCCAACAGCAGCCUGCUCCAAACCAACCUCACCAACCCCAACACCACCCACAUACAGGAAUGGAUCACUACUGACCUUGCAGAUGGGGAUAUGCAUGGGACGACACCAGAGAGCACUGGGUCACCGCUCAGCCAGGUCACCCUAGUGAGCACCCUGUACUUCAGAAGCAUGUGGCAAAAAAAGUUUUCCUUCAUGGAUUCCCAGAUGUUGCCUUUUACAACUUCAGAGGGCUCAACCCUGAAAGUGCCUACCAUGCAUCACACAGCUGAAGUUAACUACGGCCAGUUCCAGACUGCAGCUCUGGAGGCUUUCAGCGUGGUUGAGUUACCCUACCUGGGGGAGAAACUCAGCAUGUUCCUAGUGCUUCCCAGCCACAAAAGAACACCUUUGUCCCAGAUUGAGUCUCACCUUUCUGCCAAAACCAUAACCCUCUGGGCCAACAGCUUGAAGAGAACAAAGAUGGACAUAUUUCUGCCUAGGUUCAGUAUUCAAAGCCUUUUUGACCUAAAGACAGUUCUUUCUGCCUUGGGAAUUAGAGAUGCAUUUGAUCCCAUCACUGCUAAUUUUAAAGGCAUUUCAGAGCAAGAUAGUCUUUAUAUUUCAGAAGCUAUUCACAAAGCAGAGAUUGAAGUAACAGAAGAUGGUACAAAAGCAUCAGGAGCUACAGCAAUGGUCUUACUGAAAAGAUCUCGAACACCUAUUUUCAAAGCAGAUCGACCUUUCACAUUUUUCCUGAGACAAGCUAAGACAGGUUCGGUUCUUUUUAUAGGAAGAGUUACAAAUCCUUCACAAUAAGCACUAAAUGCAUACCCUGACUUCUGCUCCUCCUAUGAUAAGCUUUCCUCCAAUGAAAUGAAAGGCUACAUUGUAUUUAUUAAAACACAAUUUUAAACGUGUCACUUUUCCAAGAAUCUCCACUACCUUAUUAAAUUGUAGACACUGUUGAAAUUUAGAGCUGUCUAGGAAUCAUCAGCACCACAACUACAGCAAAGACAGUAUCCAAAUAAAGUUACAAAAAAAACCAAAA